AUGGGGUCACCAUCGAGGCCGAAAGUUCUACUAUUUGACAUUGGAGGUGUCUGUGUAGUAUCUCCAUUCCAAGCGAUCCUCGACUAUGAAAUCGCACGGGGCAUACCGAAAGGCUACAUCAACUUUUCCAUCCGGGAGUUAACACCAAACGGUGCCUGGCACAAACUGGAAAGGGGAGAGAUCCCCAAUGAUGCCAACUACUUUCGAAUGUUCAAGGCUGACCUGGAGCGACCUGACUUGUGGGCCAAGUUUCACAAGGAGAAGCUGAACGUCUCGGACGGCACCAAGAUCCCAUCUGUGCCAGACAUUGACGCGGAAACGCUGUACUGGACCAUGAUGAGCACGUCUCGAACGCCAGAUCCGCACAUGUACCCGGCUCUGAAGCGAUUAAAGGCCGACGGAAGGUACAAGCUGGCCGCGUUAUCCAACACCACCAUUUUCCCCGAAGGACACGAAUUCAAUAAAGUCGGACCCGACGACGUCAAAAGCAUUUUCGAGAUCUUUGUGAGCAGUGCGCACGUCGGGAUGCGGAAACCGAACCGGAAUAUUUAUGAGUACACUUUUAAGCUCAUCCAAGACACUUGGGGUCAUGACAUUCAACCACAAGAUGUCGUGUUCACGGACGACAUUGGGGAGAAUCUAAAGACGGCUAAAAGUGUUGGAUGGAGAACCAUCAAGGUUACGCUGGGAAGAAUAAAGGAUGCGGUCAGGGAACUAGAAAAGGUCACAGGCCUGGAUUUACUGGAGGGAGACGAGAUCAAAGCCAGGUUAUAG